UCCUGGUGCCUGUUCCCAUGGGAGACCAGCCAGGUCUCAGCGGGGGUGACAACGUGCCUGCCAGCCACAGAGGCCGGGCGCCAGGAGGUGCUGAGAGCGACAUGACAUGGUCCGGUGUGACGGCGAGAGGGAGCGGAGCCCCCGGCCUUCCUGAACAUCUCUGGCUGGCGCCGUUGGGAGCGCAGCGCCCAGCUGGUCUCUGUCCUUUGCUUUCCGGAGGAGCCCACACAACUCCGGCCUCGGGACCUCAGAACCCUCAAGAUGACAAGAAAUGGUGCUACCCAGCUCACGCCUGGGCCUCGGACCCCGGACUUCUUCAAGUCCUUCUAGCUCUGACUCAAGAAUAUGCUGCACUUGGAACCACUAACCACCCGUCUCAGGAAUCGGCUGCGAAGGUAGAGCAAAGGACUGAGAUCGGCGACACCAGCACCACCGACGCGAGCAGCUCCCGCGGCAGCACCUGCCCCCGGUCUGGACGCUCCGCCCACCGGGAGCACCUAGCACUGCAUUGUGCACCAUCCUGCCUGUGUCCCUCCUCACCAGGCCUCACCAGAAGCCUGGCAUCAUCAAUAAAUCCGUUCCAGCACUUGGUCUUUGCGUGUCCUCCUUGCGCCGUGGCAGUGGGUGGGGGCACAUGA